CGAGGCAGGCGGCGGACCCGGACGAAGGUUUGCUGCUGCUGCGGCGACGGGUGGACUCGCUCCCCCGCCGCCUUCUCGGCUUCCGUCGCAACCAACCCCUGUGCGGGUCCUCUUUCCAGACUGCCGGCGGGGUCCUCCUGCGCCCCGCGCGGAGGCCAACCCCGCCGGCCUCACGGCCCCGGGAGGGAGUAAAAACCCUUCGUGCGGGCUCGGCUGCCGGCGCCGGACAACCGUCUGGCGAACCCACAGCGCCCCCUAUGCCCGGCCCGGGGCCUCAGAACCGCAACCCCCCGGUCAGCGCGGCGGCCUCACCCUGGCUGUCCGGCGCGCGCGCCAGGUGCCCGUACACCCCCCGCGUUCCUCCUCCGGAGGGCCGGGGAGGGCUCAAAGCCUAAUCUAAAAAAAUAAAUAAAUCUUGAUUGAAUCGAUUCAGACUUUUGUGAAGUAAAUGGAAUUGUUUCUGGAAAUUAUAACUGACACCCAGCUCUACAUUUAAUGAAUUGUUCAAAAUGAAUCAAUAUUGACUGUGAAUCACAGUGGAAACCACAAAUUAUGAAAUUAAUCAAAUUGUUGUUAAAGUAAAUCGUCACACCCCUAGAAAUUAGGCUUUCUGUGGUGUUCCCCAUGUUUUUGUUUUUGGGGGGUUUGCCAUUUUCCGACUCAUUUUGGUUCUCUCCGCUUGCCAUACCGAGCACCCUCUAGAUCUCGCGUGCGCGAUAGGCGGAGCUAAAAGGCUUGUGGAGCAUCCCGCCGCGCGCCAGUCGGAGCCACAUGUGCAGGUGAGGAGGACGAGGAUGCGGGACCAUGAGGCGGGGGCUGUCAUGGUCCAGCACGCCGGCAGGGACAUGGCGAGAGAGGCCGGCAGCUGCAGCAGCCUGGAGGAGAACCCGGAGGCGAAGCUGCUCUGCCUGCAGUGUCUGGACGAGGGUCUGCGGGUCUGUCCGGGCAGCCCGCGCCGCUGCAGCGGGACGCGCCUCUCCUCCGGAUCCGCAGACCGGGAACCCAGCAGCAGCAGCCACAUCUCUUCAGGAACCUUUUAUAGCUGCGUCAGUCAAAUCACUAUCGGCUUUGACCUCGGGGGUCAGGUGGCUAUCGGCUUCUCCCACUGGAACAGCCCUCUCCCGCCCGGCGGCCAGAACCUCCCCAGCCCGGACUGCGUUCACUCCGAGGCCGCCGCCCUGCCGCCCGUCAGCGAGCAUCUGGAGAUGGUCUCGUGCCUGGCGUCGCUGUCCAUCACGCCGCUGCCCACCUGCAGCCAGGAGACACUGUGCAGCAGCAGCAGCACAAAUGUGAGCUUGUCUCUACAUGGAUCUGAGCCCCAGCGGCAGAGCUCCCAUCCUCGCCAAGCCCUGCUGAAGUCCUCAGCGUGCAGCCACCAGGCGGCCGACCGGCCUCUCACCGUCUCCUACUGUGGAGGAGAAGAGAUCAUGGAGGAGUCGUCUGCCUCAGGCCUGGACUCCAGCAUGCAGGACGACGGGCCUGCUCUGGCAGUGAAGGACGUCAAUGUGCUGCUUGAGACAGAAAGGUGUGAGGGCAUCAGCAGUGGGUCCAGAGACGAGGACUUCACCCUACAGAACCCCGGAACCAACAGCACCAUCCUCGAAGACAACACAAAGUCCAACCUGUGCAUCGCUGAGAGCAAGAAAAAAACAAGCGGCCUGUUCUUCAGUGACGGAAAGAGCCGGAUAGACUACGUCCUGGUUUACAGGAAGUCCAGCUCGCAGUCGGAGAAGAGGGAGAUUUUUGAGAGGAACAUCCGUGCGGAGGGCUUGCUGAUGGAGAAAGAGGCCUCCCUAACGAACAGCGACAUGAUCUUCCUCAAGCUCCACGCUCCGUGGGACGUGCUGUGUCGCUAUGCAGAGCUCAUGAACAUACGCAUGCCUUUCAGGAGGAAGAUAUUUUUUAUGCAACGGCGACAUCGAUUUCUAAGCAGAAUGGAGAAGCACAUCAACAAAUUCCGCGGCUGGCUCCCACGCAAACCCAUGAAAUUCGACAGCGUGACUCUUCCUGACUUGGAGGAGAACGAAAGCUUCACCGCCCCCUUCAGUCGGUCGAGGAUCCACCAUUUCAUCAUCCACAACAAAGAAACCUUUUUCAACAACGCCACCAGAAGUCGCAUCAUUCACCACAUUCUGCAGAGGGUCAAAUACGAGGAGGGGAAAAACAAGAUGGGACUGAAUCGCCUUUUGAACAACAAUUCAUACGAAGCAGCUUUCCCUCUCCACGAGGGCAACUACCACAGCAAAAACUCCAUCCGAACACACGGAGCAGAAAACCACCGGCACCUGCUGUACGAGUGUUGGGCCUGGUGGGGAGUCUGGUACAAGUACCAGCCGCUGGAGCUCAUCAGGAGGUACUUUGGGGAAAAGAUCGGUCUGUACUUUGCUUGGCUGGGCUGGUACACAGGAAUGCUGUUUCCUGCAGCGCUGGUGGGGCUGUGUGUUUUCCUCUAUGGGGUUUUCACCCUGGAUGACUGCCAGGUCAGCAAAGAAAUCUGCCAGUCCACUGAAAUCAUCAUGUGUCCCAUCUGUGACCAGUACUGUCCCUACCUGAGACUGUCAGACAGCUGCAUCUAUGCUAAGGUCACCCACUUUUUUGACAACGGAGCGACGGUUUUCUUCGCUGUGUUCAUGGCCGUCUGGGCUACAGUUUUCCUGGAGUUCUGGAAAAGACGCAGAGCCGUCCUGGCAUACGACUGGGAUCUGAUUGACUGGGAGGAAGAGGAGGAUGAAGUUCGCCCCCAGUUUGAAGCCAAGUACUCCAAGAAGGAGAGGAUGAACCCCAUUUCUGGAAAGCCGGAACCUUACCAGGCCUUCACCGAAAAAUACAGUCGUCUCCUCGUCUCUGCAUCCGGAAUUUUCUUUAUGAUCCUGGUGGUGAUCGCCGCCGUGUUUGGUAUCGUGAUUUACCGCGUGAUCACGGUCAGCACCUUCGCUGCCUUCGGCUGGGCGCUCAUCAGGAACAACUCUCAGGUGGCGACCACGGGCACGGCGGUCUGCAUCAACUUCUGCGUCAUCAUGCUCCUGAAUGUGCUUUAUGAAAAAGUGGCUCUUCUCCUCACAAAUCUAGAGCAGCCGAGGACAGAGUCUGAGUGGGAAAACAGCUUCACCUUCAAGAUGUUCCUGUUUCAGUUUGUCAACCUCAACAGUUCGACCUUCUACAUCGCCUUCUUCUUAGGAAGAUUCACGGGUCGACCUGGAGCUUAUCUUCGCCUCAUCAAUCGCUGGAAGCUGGAGGAGUGUCACCCCAGCGGCUGCCUCAUUGACCUCUGCAUGCAGAUGGGGAUCAUCAUGGUGUUAAAACAGACGUGGAACAACGUCAUGGAGCUCGGCUACCCGUUAAUCCAGAACUGGUGGACCCGUCGGAGGCUGAAGAGAGAGCACAGUCACAUCGCCAAGAGCAGCUUUCCACAGUGGGAGAGGGACUACAACCUGCAGCCCAUGAACGCCAACGGACUCUUCGAUGAAUACCUGGAGAUGAUUUUACAGUUCGGCUUCACCACCAUCUUCGUGGCAGCGUUCCCGCUGGCUCCUCUCUUGGCACUGCUCAACAACAUCAUUGAGAUCCGUCUAGACGCCUACAAAUUCGUCACGCAGUGGCGGCGCCCGCUGCCGUCUCAGGCCAAAGACAUAGGGAUCUGGUACGGCAUUCUGGAGGGUAUCGGCAUUCUGUCUGUGAUCACCAACGCCUUCGUGAUCGCCGUCACCUCAGACUUCAUCCCUCGCCUGGUUUACGCCUACAAGUAUGGACCGUGUGCGGGUCAGGGCCGGGCCGGGGAGGGAUGCAUGAUGGGAUACGUCAAUGCCAGCUUGUCGGUCUUUAGAGUUUCUGACUUCGAGACGAGAUCCCAGCCCAGAACAAAUGGGUCUGAACUGUUUGAAGAGGCUGUGAAGUACUGCAGGUAUCGUGAUUACAGAGAGCCUCCAGACUCAGCUGAGCCGUACUCGUACACGCUGCAGUUCUGGCAUGUGCUGGCCGCCCGGCUGGCGUUCAUCAUCGUGUUUGAGCAUAUGGUCUUUGCCAUCAAGACUCUGAUUGCUUACCUAAUCCCUGACCUUCCCAAGGACCUGCGGGACAGGAUGCGCAGAGAGAAGUAUCUAAUCCAGGAGACCAUGUACGAGGCUGAGCUGGAGAGACUGCAGAAGGAAAAAAACGAGAAGAGGAGGAAGAAGGAGCGGACCCAUCACAAGGAAUGGCCCUGAAGUCUCCACUGAUAGAUGUGGGUUUUCUCAGAGCAGCCGGGUUUCCUGCAUGACCGGAGUCCUGGCUCCUCCCUCCUGCCGCAUCACCACAACGCCACCUGCUGGACAGUUGCAGAGCUGCAUCCUCCAGUGAAAGGAGAACCUCUCCAGGUGUUUUGGCGGCAGGUUUUCCUACCUUUCUUUAAGUGGGACUCUCAACAGCACACAGCUUCAGCUCCUGAAUGUAGGUUUCUAGCAAGAAGAAUCUUGCAGACUCUCAUUUUAGCUUCCAGGAUGGGCUAUGAAUGAUAAACCCUGUUUACAUUCUCCUAAUUCUAGGACUCGACGUCUUGCUUUAUUGUAAAUGUUGGGAUGAAUGUCAGACCAUCUGCUCUGCUGUAGUUUAGUGCAACAACAUAAGAGCUGCGGACUAAACUUUUUCUGUGGUUGCUGUGGCCCCGCCCACUCUUCCAUCUGAGAUGCUCUUUAUUCAAACUCUGACCUGCUGUAAAGAAAUAAACAGUAUUUAUUGUAAAGAGG